AUGUUCAUUGAGACAGUGCAGACAGAAAGGCUGCAAAUUUCUCCAAAUGAAAAGGACAUACAUGCUGCCAUUCUGGCCACGCUGCAGAAAAAGGUUCCUGGGAAAACAGUUGAUGGAAUUGGCAUCUGCCUGUUUCCUGUGUGCAUACAUUCCGUUAGCGAUGUAGAAAUACAUGAGGGAAUGCUAUACCCACUGGUUGUGUACAAGCUUGUUACGUAUAAGGCCCUUGUGGGGGAGGUUCUCACAUGCACCGUGGAGAAGCAGGAUGCAACAGGCCUUCUUCUAUCGCACCCUCUUCUUCCGUCUCUUUUUGUCCCCGCAUCGCAGAUACCGCCUUCGUCUGAGCUAACUGCUGUGUCUGGGCGCAUGGGAAGCACAGUGGAUAUAUGGGGGUGGAAGUACAACGAUUGUAUAUUAUAUGUCCGCAUGGGCGAGGCAUGCAAGGUGUCUAUUAUUAGCACAGAGGGGUCAAGAAUAUAUGCAUCAAUCAAUGGCCCCGGCCUGGGACCCACCUCUUGGUGGUAG